AUGACUAAAGAAAAGAUGAAAAGAUACUGUAAUCAGUGGUGGCCAUAUUACAAAUUGGAUGAUGGUGAGGUCUGGCCAGAGAAUGGGUCGGUAAACUACAACACUAUAUUACAGUUGAUGUUGUUUUGCCAUCGGACGGGAAAGUGGGAUGAAGUGCCUUAUGUUGAUGCCUUUAUGACUCUGCACAGAGAGCCUGAUGCUAGCCGGGUGUGUAAGCUAACAGCUGGCUCCGUGAUAUAUGCGGCUACCGGCAAAAAGGAGAGCGGUUGUAGGGGAUGUGGGGAGAGAAAAAGUGCAGGGGAAGAAGAACAGGAGGAUGUACAGUUACUGGUCCCAGCAGCCCCACCGCCAUACAGAGAUGAUACCGAACAGCCCCCAGGUGCUUCUGGCUCACCAUCGGGCAACGAAAAUGUUAGUCCUGUUUCCAGUCGGACCGGAGGACAUGCCCAGCGGGCUGUUCCAGCUGCCUCGAGACAAGCGGUGGGGCCAGGAGGACGGUCAGUUUUUGUGCAUGUUCCCUUCACUACCUCAGACCUGUUGAAUUUGAAACAGUCUGUUGGAUCAUAUAGAGAAAACCCUGAAAAGAUGCACCACUUGCUAGAAACUAUAAUGCUAACACAUAAUCCCAACUGGGGAGAUGUACAGACUUUGUUUAACACAUUUUUCACGCUAGAGGAAAAGAGAAUGGUUGUUGAAAAAGCCAGAGAAGAGGGGGGGAAGAGGAAUAAUAGGCAGGAUGACUCUGAGACUUUUCUGCCCACUAAAAAGGACCCGGAGUGGGAUCCUAAUGUAGGGGGAGACAGAGCUCAAUUGAAGCAGUAUCAGCAAUUGAUACUAUACGGGGUUCGACAUGGAGUGCCUAAACCAAAGAAUGUGUCUAAACUUUAUGAAGUGAGGCAGGGUUCGAAGGAAAAUCCAUCAGCCUUUUACGAAAGGUUGUGUGAAGUAGCUAGAAAAUGGACUGAUUGGAAUCCGGAUGAUGAGGCAAACCAGAGGAUGUUCAAUACGUUGUUUAUUUGGCAGUCGGCCCAGGAUAUAAGAAAAAAGUUACAAAAAGUUGAUGGAGCAGGAGGAAUGUCAAUUUCUCAACUGAUAGAAAUAGCAUAUAAAGUGUACAACAACAGGGAUGAGAAAGAAAGAAAAGAGAAGCAGAAUAGAAUAAAGUUGCAAGCAUCUCUGUUAGCAGCGCUCCACAUCCCACCUGAAGCUGCCUGGAAGGCCCAGAUCUGCCUGCUGACAGACAGGACGUCACGAGAAUCCGAGAAUAUCCCCCGCACUGUACUAGAUGCGGUAAUUCCACUGGUGUGGGCUUCUAAGAAACCAGGAAGAGCAAAAAACAUAAGUCCAAUUAAAAUGGAACUAAAAGAGGGAGCGAAACCGGUAAGGGUGCAUCAGUACCCCAUUAGGGUAGAAGCUCAUAAAGGCCUCGAACCCCUGAUAAAUACCUUUAUACCGUAUGGACUGCUUAAAGAAUGUCGAUCUGAAUAUAAUACACUGAUUUUACCAGCAAAAAAGCCCCAUUCCCAGGAAUACCAACUAGUUCCGGACUUGAGGGCUAUUAAUCAAAUAGCCAAAGAUACACAUCCCACGGUGUCUAACCCUUAUACCCUAUUAGCAUCUGUACCCAAGAGCAAUGCCUAUUUCACAGUAUUAGACUUAAAGGACGCCUUCUUCUGCAUUCCAGUGGAUGAGCAAAGUCAAACUCUUUUCGCCUCAGAAUGGGAGAAUCCGGUCACUGGAAGGAAAGGACAAUUGUGUUGGACUGUUCUUCCCCAGGGAUUUAAAAAUAGUCCUGCUUUGUUCAGUGAGGUUUUGGCCAAAGAAUUAGAACAGUGGCAAAAUGACAAAGAUGGUGUUACUCUUUUGCAGUAUGUGGAUGACAUCUUAAUUGGAGCCAAUACUGAACAAGCUUGUACGGAAGCAACAAUAAGCCUGCUAAACUUUCUGGAACUGGCCAGAUACGGGGUCUUGAAAAAGAAGGCCCAAAUUGCAAGAGAGGAAGUCUGCUAUCUUGGGUAUGAUAUAUCAAAAGGACAAUGGGCACUGUGGGGGGAAAGAAAGGAGGCUAUAUUCCAAAUAGCAGUACCAAAAACCAAAAAGCUGCUAAGAGGGUUUCUGGGAAUGGCCGGGUUCUGCCAGAUAUGGAUUCCCAAUUUUGGACUUAUAGCCAAACCCUUAUAUGCAGCCACCAAGGGCCCGGGAGAGCUGCUGCAAUGGACUCCAGAAUGUCAAAAAAGCUUUGAUGAAAUUAAAAAGAAAUUGAUAGAGGCCCCAGCCUUAGGCCUCCCUGAUUUCACAAAACCUUUCCAGUUGUAUAAACAUGAGAAACAACAGGUGGCUUCUGGUGUAAUGACUCAGACCCUUGGAAGUUGGAAAAGGCCAGUAGCUUAUUUUUCAAAACAAUUGGAUGAAGUGAGCAAAGGAUGGCCAGCCUGUCUCCGAGCUGUAGCCACUAUUGCUUUAUUAAUUCAAGAGGCAUGGAAGCUCACUUUGGGAAAACCAAUAACAGUAUUAGUCCCACACGCAGUGGUGGCUAUUUUGAACCAAAAGGGGCACCACUGGAUUUCCCCAAACCGACUAGCCAAAUACCAAGCCACACUGAUAGAUCAAGAAGACGUUACCCUAAGUGUGGUAUCAACUCUUAACCCUGCCACUUUGUUACCAAUGGCAGAACAAGAACCUUUACGACAGGAUUGUUUAGCAACUCUUUAA